AUGCGGAUCUUUAUCAACAAUGCCAACAGCUACGUUGGCAAAGCGCUUUGUGCUGACUUGCAAAAAGUGUUUGACCAGGAAAAUCGAAUAUUGGGUACUUUGACACCCGGAGCAGAGGCAGAUGCUGAACUUAAUGAAUUGAUGGGAGUCAGACGAAUUGUCAGCAGAACUGACAAGCAAAAGUAUACUGCCAGCAUUCUUUCGUGCUCCUUGGUUGUGUACGACCUACACAGUGCCGAUGUAGAAGAUGUCGAGUAUGUCAUCAAAGAGCUCAAGGUUGCCGAGCUGGAGCACAACAUCACUUUUGUGCUCAUCUCGUCAGCGAUGGUUUGGGCGAACACUCGGAAGCAAUAUGUUCCUCUGGAAAGCCGCGACGAUGAGGACAAUGUGGAACCAGAUCCAGAUGCAUUGGAGGAUGUGGAAGUGAAAAAGCGGCCCAAAGAGUUGACAGAUGCGGAUUUGGAGAGAAGAGUGCCAGCUGCUGCCUACGAGGCUUGGAAGUACCUCGAGACUCUGACACUUUCACUAGGUUCCAAAGAAAAGCUUCGUCCACAUGUCAUUGGAGCUGGAAUUUUGUACGGCAACGGGGAGACGACAUUCAACGAGCUCUUCAAAGCAGCUUGGUUGACUCAACCGAUUCACAAAAUCAUUGCCCCUGGUGACAACUACAUUCCUUGUGUGCAUGUUAGAGAUGUGGCUCGCUUGACUCGAGUCGUUGCUUCGGAUGACACGACUAGUCCGUACCUGGUGGCCGUAGAUCACUCUCGCCUCACGCAAGCUGAUAUCGUGCAGGGAAUCAUUGACCAAAUCUCCCACAAGAGAGAAGUGCCGAUCUGCCCAGCAGAGGAGGUCGAGUCAGAGUUCAAGGAAGUGAUGUCCCUGGACAUCAUUCUGGAGCCUUCGGAACCUCUUAAGGAUCCGCAGUUCUCCUGGUGGUGCCGUGAUGGAAUCAUAGCCAACAUCGAGAAGGUAGCCGCAGAAUUUUGCAAAUGGCGAAAUUUGCGGCCCAUCAAGAUGGUUGUGAUCGGACCACCUGGAUGUGGAGCAGAACGCCUUUGUGUCCGCGUAGCAGAUCGCUACCUACAUGAGGAACCACCACAUUUGACCUACGAACAGAUCAUUCAAGAUGCCUGCUCUGCACCAACCAAAGCAGCCCGAAAGCUCAACAAGAAGGUGAAGAAGCUUGCGCUCACACCUGGAAAGAAACUUCCUCUCAAGUUGAGGACGAAACUCGUGCAGAAUCGAUUGCUUUCCAACGUAUGCCGCUACCGUGGGUACAUCCUCGAAGGAUACCCAACAACAUUUGCCGAAGCGGAGGCAUUGUUCAUGGAAAAGGUGCGAGAAGAAGGGGAUGAAGAGGAGGCUGAAGCCGAAGAUGGAGAGGAUGAGGGAGAUGAUGGACAGGAGGAGGAAGAGGAAGAGGAAGAGGAGGCUCCUCCUCAAGAGGAACCAGAGGAAGAAGAGGAAGAGCAGAGGCCAAAGUGGAAAGUGGCUGAAAGCCUGGUUCCUGAGUACGGUGUCUUGAUUCGAAGCGCGGAGGCACGCUGCAAGGCAAGAAUAUUUGAUGGAGAAGCGAAGGGUCCAGCAAGCGAAGAGGACUUUGUGAGAACUUCAGAGGAGUACAGGAAUGCUAAUCUUGCAGAGGAUGGCACUCCCAGUACUGCUGAGUUCUUCUCUGAGCAGUGUGGCCUACAGAUGCUGCCCAUCGACAUUGAUGCGUGCACAGAAGAAGAGGCUUUCCAGGCCAUCAAGGUGCACAUGGAAUCCAAGGGCCAGUUCUUCAACUACCUGAGGUCCGAAGAAGACCUGGUUCGUGAAGAGCAGGAGCACUUGGCCCAGAUUGAGGAACAAGACGAUGCCUUGAAGAUGAGGGAGCAGGAGGAACAUGCCAAAAAAGAAGCUGCGCUGCGGCAGAAGUUGGCGAACGAGGAAGAGACCAGACGCAAGGUCAUCGCUCGCAACGAAGCGGCUCAUUUGGAGCAAGAGGCACAGCCUUUGCGACAGUAUCUUAUGGCUCAUGUCGUGCCAACGUUGACCGCAGGGCUGACCGAGGUCUGCAAAGAGCAACCUGAAGAUCCCAUUGAAUUUCUGGCGCAGUACCUGUUUGCCCAUGCGCAGGAGCGGGUUUUCCAGCCAUUGGGAAGUGCAGUCAGUGGACUUGGCGGAGUGAGAGCUCAGAGUUUCACCCGGCGAAGAGCAGAUUGGUCAGAGACGAUAGAGAAGCUUCGACCAGAUCUCAGUCUUAGCAUCAGCGCCUUUGGAAAACGAGCCCACUGGGCAAAAGCCCUGGACCUGUUAUUCACUUCCUUUCAGCGCGGGGUCGAAGUUAAUGUCAUCGUGUUAAAUUCAGCAGUCUCUGCCUGUCAGCGAGCACAUCAAUGGCGUUUUGCUUUGGUGCUGGUGGCCGAAGCUGGAAUCCAUUGGAAGGGCAUCGAUCCUGAUAUCAUUUCAUACAAUUCAAUUGUUGCCGGUGUUGCAGCAAAGGGUCACUGGGAGGUUGCUUUGGCAGUUCUGUCCCUGGCAGAAGAGAGUGCACUCCAACUUGAUGAACGAAGCUACACCAAUUUGCUGCAAGCUUGUGCUCCCAGUUGCUGGGAUGUGAGCCUCUGGAUCCUGCAGGACAUGUUGGAAAAUCGAGUUGAGAUUGAUGCCUUUGCUUGUGCAGCAGCUGUAUCUACAUGUGCAGAGUCCAAGAACUGGGAGUUAGCUCUUCACUUCCUUGCUUCUGUCUCGAAAUGUUGGCAGACAGAGAAGCGUGCCGGCAAUGAAGACAGAGGCGACUGGCAAGUGCCCAUGGCAACAGCUAUCAGUGUUUGUGGCUCUGUUGGUGAAUGGAUGGUUGCUUUGAGUCUUCUCGAAAGCCUUCAGAAUGUGUCCACAACUCCUAACAUUGUGACAUUUGGUACAGCGAUGAAGUGUUUGGAACAGUCCGGUUCAUGGCCAAAGGUGUUGGAGAUAUGGACGUGGAUGCGCAACCUAAGGGUUGCGCCAAACGUGUAUACAUACAGCAUGCUCAUGAGUUCUUUGGAAAGUGCAGGGAUGUGGAGCAGGGUUUGUAGCACCUUUUCAGCGAUGAAAGAAUCACACGUUUCUCCAACAUCAAUCAGCUAUGAUAUCCUCCUGCGGUCGUGUCGGGAUCACAUUGGCUGGCAAUUUGCAAUCCAAAUCUUGGACUCGAUGCGAGCUGUAAAAGUCCAACCAACUGUGAAGACGUUGAAUGCAUGUCUCAGCAUCCUGGAAGCAGACGAAACACAGGAUGCCUGGUGUUUGUCACUUGGAAUGCUUGAAAGCAUGGGAAGUAUGUCACUCAGGCCUGACAUUGCAUCCUACAGCAUUGUUGCAAACACAUGUGUGAGAAGUGGGGAUUGGCAAGUGUCUCUCAUUCUCUUAGACAAGAUGUCUAGUUCACUACUUGAGCUGGACGCAAUCUCCUUGAGCAUUUCACUUCUAGCAUGUGAAAAGGGGUCGCAAUGGCCGGAAGCAUUCACCACGUUGCAAGACAUGCACUUGAAACAAGUAGAGCUGAGCGAAAUCUCAGUAAGUUCGGUUUUGAGGGCUGGUUUCCAAUGGGAGUCUGCGUUGUGCCUGCUUUUCUCUUUUCAAGAUCGUGCAGUUCAGCUGGAUUCUACGGCGUGCAAUGUAGGAAUUUCAAGUUGCGCUUCACUGCUCAACUGGCGAGUGGCUUCGGCUCUUUUGCACUGUGACUCAUUGAAGCAGUCUCUAAGCGCCUCCGGAGACUGGCCUGACCUGAUCGCAUACAACACAGUCCUGGGUUCCUGCACCCAGCUGGAGAGCUGGCAGUUUGCUCUGCUACUGUUUCAGCAGCUUCAAAUCUUUGCCAAGUUGGAGCCUGAUACAACCACGUUUCAUGCGAUAUUGGAAGCGUGUGCUGUGGGCCAGGCCUGGGAAUGUGCUCUUAGCAUCCUGAAAGACAUGACAGGCUUCUCAUUUCCAUUUGGUAUUGCCCGAAACCUGGCUGCAUCAGCCUGCCAAGCUGCCAACCGUAUUCAUGAAGCCAGGCAACUGUUGGUCCAAAAUCUCCACGAAACAAUUGAAACAGCUGAAAGUGCAGCAGACGCUGUAACGUUCAAGGCCAUUUUGGACCUUUCCGAGUGCAGUGAUCCAGCUUUGCUGAGCCAGGCACCAGGCUGUUUGGAGGCCUUGGCUUUCAGGGCACGUGGCAACCUGGUGGGCGCAGAAGGCCUCAAUGUUGUCCCUGGGAUGCUGGGACCAGCAGCACAAGCUGUUGUGGCUGCGGAAAUUUUGCACUGGCAUCAACGCCUAGGUGAGGAGCUAUGUCAGCAACUGAGAUUGAGAGUUGGCACACCUGCGAAGCAGCAACUGGAUCGACUUUGUCAGAGGAAGCCAAAAGAAAGCUCUGGCCGAUUGCAAAAUCAUAUUUUAGAGAGGCAGUUUGGAUUGAGCCCAGCCCUUUCCCUCAAGCUCCUCUCUGAAAUCUUUGACAAUAGCUUAGGGUGCCAACUUUGGAGCACUUCUGCAUAUCUCAACUCCCGCAGGGUCCUGCAUGGUAUGGAAGUUUCUUUGGAUGAGGAGCCAACCUCCAAGAAUUUGGCUGCUUGGGCCUCUUGGUCGCUGGUGGAUUCUGGAUGUUCCAGGAGCCAGUGCCAGGGAUAUGCUGCAGCUGGUUCCGAUAAGGUCCUGCUUCCGGUGCAGGUGCAGCACGACCGCAGUCCUCACGCAGAGCGGCAGGCCAGUGAGGUCUCCAAUGAUUUGAGCUUGUCCAACAAGGUCUUAUUUCGAGGAGUUCCAGAAAACAGCAGUGCAGAGGAUGUCUCAGCCUUGCUGCAGAAGUUUGGGCCCCUCGAGUGCCUGUGCUACGAGAAGGGUCGAGGCAAUGGCUCUGCCGAGUUCCUUUUCUGCGGAUCCGCAGAGAGCGCUGAAGAGGAGUCCAUGAGGUCCUCGCUCGUGCUGGCCGGUCAGCCCGUGCAGGUUGUUCGCGGAGCACCAAGAUGGGAAGGGAGCACUGAUACAGGUGCUUUCCAGCAGGCGUUCGUGAAACCCAUGCAGAGCAGCGAGCCUCUGGAUGUUGUGAUAGUUCGGGGUCAGUCUUCUUCAGCUGGCAUUGGAAUGGUGGCUGAGCUGGCAAAGACGAAGACUACAACUCUGGUUAUUUGGGAUAGGCAUCACAGACCAAGAGAUGAAGUCAAGGUAGCAGCUCUAAAGAAGAAAACCUUCACAGAGGUGUUUUCAGAGCAGGAGCCAGACAAGGCCGUCAUGGAGAAAGCUGGAGAAUUUUUUUCAGUUGGUGCACCAAAGUGUGCUCUUGUGCACAUGGCAGAGGAGAAGCUGAAAACGGACGCCCAGCUUCAAACGCCUUUGUCACGAGUUAAUGACCUCAUGGACUCCUGCAGACACAAUCACCUGGAGACCAUUGGAAAUUUCAAUGCCUUCAAGAUCUACAAGCCCUGGGUUCACGCGAAUCGUGCGUGUACCUUUGUGCUGAUCCCACCAAAGCUUUGUUAUGAAUGGGACGACGAUCUGGCCACCUGCACUACCGGGUCACGGCGGAUUGUGCGAUCGGAUCCACUGCGUUUGCCAGAUGGUUCUGGAUGGACCUUGGGCCUUCAGCUGACUCACUCGGCAGCGAGUGUCAAUGCAGCGUUGGCUUCUGCCACAGUCACCAGUGUGGUCUUGGCCGACGACGCGACGAAGCACCAAUUAGCUGGGCGAUGUUUAGAGUUAAGUAUGCCAGUAUUUUCCUCGUGGGUGAAGGGAGAAUAG